AUGAAUGACGCAACAACAAUCCUAUCAAAUCAUACAAAAAAAUAUAAUAUACCAUUAAAUCAUAUAGAACAUAAAUAUAUAGAACAUUGUACAGAUGGAAUUGAACUUGAACGUAUAUAUAAAGAAUUAAUCGGAGGAGAAGUAGGUCCAUAUCCAUUAUUGGAACAAUUGACACUUGAUCGAAUUCGAAAUAUUGAACCCAAUAGUGAAAUACUUCAACAAGGAAAAGUUCCAUUUGUUAAUUCACAAUAUACGGAUAAUAUUUCUUCUCUUAGAAAUACUAUUAAUGAUAAAGAUACUAAUAGAACUUCAUCAAUAUCUGUGAUAAAUAAUGAUAAUCAUGAAAUACUACCAAAAAGUGAUACAGAAUGGAAAGAACAUGAACAAAACGUUUCUCAUGAUUUCGAUAAUAUUGAUGAAAAUGAUACUAGUGAUGAAUCGUAUCAAAUAAAUAAACGUCGUCAUAUGGCUAGACAACAUCGUUUAAAUGGAAAUACAGCAUUUUAUUCAGAUGAUUAUCAACAAUCUAUUGAUUUAUAUACAAAAAGUCUUUCACUUGAUGAAAAUAUAUUUACUUAUUAUAAUCGUGCUAUAGCAUAUUUUAAAUUAAAUGAUUAUAAUGCUUCAAUUCAAGAUUGUUUUCAAGUAUUAAAAAUUAAUGCAGCACAUAUUACAGCUUUAUAUCAUCGAGCAUUAUGUUAUUGUAUUGAUCAACAAUAUGAUGAAGGAAAACGUGACCUAGAAUAUUUACUUACAAUUGAUUCUGACAAUUUUGAAGCACAACAUUUAUUAAAUAGAAUUAUACUUAUGAAAAAGACACCUAGUAAUCAUGAAGUAAUUAAUAUACAAUCAAUUAUUAAAUCUUUGAAAGAUACAUCUAUCCAUCUUGAGGAUGAACAUAUUAACUAUAAUACAGCUUCUUCUAUGGAUAUGAAUAUUGCCUUUUAUGAAAAUGCUAAUUCUGACCAUGAUAAUCAUAAUAUAGAUCCAUUUCAUACAUCAUCUUUAAAUGAAUAUGAUGAUGAAGAUAUAGCAUUGGGUGAUGAAGCUGGUGCUAAUUUUGUUACAAAUUUAAGUGAUGAUGAUGGACGUGAUCCACGUAGUUUAAAUGUUUCACCAACCAUGGACGAUGAUGCUGAUGUACCUGCAUUAAUCAACCUUAGACCUUUAGAAACACCACCAAUAACACCAUUAUUAGAAAAAUCUAAUACGAUUGAUCAUAGUAUUGCAACUGCAGCUAAUAAAAAUAAUGAACCAUAUCAUCUUCCUACUAUUUCACGCACUACAACAAGUGAAAAUGAUAAUAGCGCAUAUAAUGAUUAUCAUAGACCAUCAACAUCACAUCUAGGCAGUACAAGUACUUUAUUACCAUGGAAAAAUAAUAAUGAUAGAUAUAUGCAAAAUACAGCGAAUGAUGAUAUGGUACAAAUUUCAAAUUUUAGUUCUUUAAUUCAAAGUUGGUUACAUGAUUCAAAUAGUUUACAAUCAAAUCGUCGUUCAUUAUCAGUUUCUGAUCGACCAUGGUCAUUGAAUUCAAUUCAACGUGAUAUUGAACAAUUUCAUCGUAUGUAUAAGUAUAAAAAUGCUAUUGAAGCAUCAAAAAAAAUGCUUCAAAAUGGUAUUCUUGAUUAUCAUCAUCAUGCAGAAUAUAUUAGUAAUACAUUAUCGAUGUGUUCGGAAUGUUAUUUAAAACUAAAUGAUUAUAGACAUGCUAUUCAAUAUGCUACAGAAGCGUUACAAUAUAAUAAAAUGGAUAAUGAUGCAUUAUUUUGUCGAGCUGAAGCAUUUGAAAAAGAAAAAUUUUCUCUUUUCAGUUAUGCAGAUUAUACACGUAUAUCAAAGAAUAGUUUUCACUGUAGUACAGCACAACGUGCAUGUAACAAAUUAUCAAUAGAAUUAAAUUCUAAUGAAGCUGAAACAUGGCGGGAAAAAUUACCAACUGAUCAAAAUGAUGAUGAAAGUUUUUUAACUUAUUUAAAACAUCAAAACACAUUUGAAGAAAAUAAUGCAUAUCAUUGGUAUGAAAAAUAUGCUGAAGAAUUUUAUUCUGAUGCUUGUUUUGUUCUUGCUAUUCGAUAUUAUACAUAUUGUAUUGAAUUACAAUCAAAUAAUAUUUCAAUUUAUUUAAAACGAGCAUCAUGUUAUUUAAAAGUAUUUGAGGCACAAAAAGCAAUAAAUGAUUGUGAUUUCGUAUUAAAACAAGAUAAAACUAAUAUUCUUGCUUUAUAUUAUAAAGCAUCUGCUUAUAAAUUAUCUCAUGAUAAUCAUUCAUAUGAAUUAACAUUAAAAGAAUACAUUAAAAUUGAACCACAUAAUCAAAUCGUUCUAGCAGAAUAUUAUACAUAUCGACGUGAACAAAUUCCACGAAAAAAACGACGAAUACGAAUAAAUUCUAUAUCAUCAAAAGUUAAUAAUGAAGAUCAACUUACGUAUGAACAAAUUGAACAAAUACGUUGUGAAGAAAUAUUUCCGAAUUCAUCAAUUGAUUUAGAAAAUAUUACUGAUAUUAAAGAACAAUGUUCAUUUAUUCUUCAUUCAUUUCAAUUAAUAACUUAUCCAACAAAAAAACUUCUUGAAAUUAUUAUUCAUAUUUGUCGAAUAAUGCUUCGAGCUGAAGAUUUAUAUCGAAAGAAAAAUGCAACGGAAGAAGUACCAUUUUCUUAUGUUCGAUUUUGUUUUGAUAUUCUUGUUCAAUUAACUGAAUUUUCACAAAUUGAUAUAGCGUUAUUAAUGAUUGAUCAACAUUCAAGAAAAUCACUUGAUCAUUUAAUAGAUUGUUAUUCAGAAGAAUAUAAUGAUACUAUUUCAUUUAACCAGCCUACAUUUUGUUCUCUUGCAACUUGGGAAACAAAUGGGACAGUUUUUGCAAACAGUACUUUGCUUGGACUCGACUCAUUAGAUUUGUUUAUCGAUACUAAUAACACCAUAUAUGCAACAAGUCCCUUGAAUAAACAAGUUCUUGUUUGGCUUGAAGGAAGUUCUGCUCCGGUUAGGAUUAUUUCCAAUAAUUUAAUAGUAUCUUAUGCUCUUUUUGUAACAAAUAACGGAGAUAUUUAUACCAAUAGUGGUGGAGAUGGUAAACGUAUUGACAGAUUGUCUGUAAACUCAACGAUUGGUGUUCCCGUUAUGUAUACUAAUGGAAUAUGUUAUGGAUUAUUUAUUGAUCAAAACAAUAAUCUUUACUGUACUAGUCCUUUCGAAAAUAUUGUCCUAAUGAUUCCACUUGACAAUAGUACUAACACAACAGUGAUAGUUGCUGGAAAUACAACUUGUGGGCCAUCCGCAAACACACUUUGUAGACCUUAUGGAAUAUUUAUUGAUUCGAACUUUGAUUUAUAUGUAGCAGAUACUGCCAAUAGCAGAAUUCAACUUUUCAGAUCUGGACAAAUGAAUGCGAUAACAGUGACUGUAAAUGGAACCUCAAACGGUAUUUUAUUAUUUUACCCAACAGGUGUUAUGAUUGAUGGUAAUGGAUAUUUAUAUAUUGCCGAUAUGGCAAGUUAUAGAAUUAUUCGCUCUGGGCCAAAUGGUUAUAAUUGUGUGAUUGGAUGUAUAGGGACAAGUGGAUUAGCUUCUAAUCAGCUCAAUCAACCAUACAAACUUACUUUUGAUAGCCAUGGCAAUAUAUUUGUUUUAGGUUACGUCAAUAGUCUCGUUCAGAAAUUUAUGUUGGCAACAAAUUCGUGUGAAUCAACUACUAUGAUGACACCGCUUGAUACUACAAUUAUGAAUGUUCGCACAUCAUCAUCUAUUUUUUCUCCAUUAUUAUGUUCUAAUACAGCAUAUAUGGGUCUUAAUUGUAGUAUCUCUAGUAGUCUAUGUGAUAUACUUCAACCAUGUCAAAACAAUGGUACUUGUCAUAACACUAAUCAAAAUUCUCUUGGUUAUAUUUGUUCAUGUCCAUUGCAUUUCAAUGGUACUUAUUGUCAAUUUGAUGAUCGACCGUGUCAGCCAAAUACUUGCGUCAAUAAUGGUAUAUGCUCCGAAAUGUCAAAUAUAACCUUUAUGUGUAAAUGUGCAAUCGGAUGGAAGGGUGAUCGUUGUGAAACAAAGAUUAAUUAUUGUGCAAACAUAACAUGUCUGAAUAAUGGUGUUUGUCGACCAUUAUUGAGUACAUAUAAAUGUGAAUGUCUGGGACAAAGUUAUUCUGGAGAAUAUUGUGAAAAAUCAACAAAUAGCCUGGUUGUUCAUCAAGUAAUUUCAAAAUCAUUUGGAUAUAUAGUAAUUAUUGCUCUAAUAAUCGUUGCCGUAUUUAUCACGACUUUAGAUAUAUUAAAAUAUUUUUUUGGUAUUGGUCCAGUACGUAAAAACUUGAAAGGAAAGAAAAAAAUUAAAAAGUCUAAUCCUCAACUGGUAAUACGAGUUAUAUACAUGAGUUAA